GAAACUACAGGAAUGACAAGAUAUAUGUCGGUGACGGUGUUUUCUAUAACAAUAUAAAAAAUGGCGCCUGCGAGGAGUGAGUCCUCGCGCCAGGAUGCAAAUAAUAAUGUUCAUCCACAUAUUCCUUCCCCCCCAGGGCCGCAUCCCUCUUAUAUCCAGGUUGCGAAGCCAUUUAUCUUCGAACGGACUGUCCACGCAUGUAUAGCAGCCACUGGCGUCGACCAGCUCAGAGAGGACAACAUUCGACUCCAGGGCGUUACCUGGAUCGAUAAUGUCCGGAAAGCUCUUCAUCUACCAGUCCGCACUUUCAACACUGCGGCCAUUUAUUAUCAUAAAUUCAGGCUUGUGCACCCUGACAACGAGUACAACUACCUCGAUGCGGCGGCAGCAGCACUCUUUACUGCGUGUAAGAUUGAGGACACUCUCAAGAAAUCGCGUGAUAUCCUAUGUUCAGCAUACAAUCUCAAGCUCCCACCAGCGGAACACCUAUCUGCAGAUGAUCCAUUGUUUGAAUCCCAUUCACGCGGGAUAAUAGGCCUGGAGCGGCUUAUGCUAGAGUCAUCGGGGUUUGACUUUCGGAACCGCCACCCUCAAAAGUCACUUGUGAAACUGAUAAAGCAUUUUAAUUUUGACAAGACCUCGAAAACAUCGCGAGUCGCCUAUGGCAUGAGCCUUGAUCUUUACCGGACCUUUGCUCCUCUCAAACAGACUUCAGCAACCAUGGCCUUUGCUUGUCUUGAACUGGCCGGCCGACUUCUCAACGAUCGGCACGAACGCGUUGAGUCCGGGAGGGUAUAUAGACUUUGGUUGACUUCCCGCGAAGAAAUAAUGGAGACAAUGCUCGACUUGCUCGAACUCUACACCCACAACCGCAGCUCAACCUCCAUCGGUCCUGAUUUCCCCCUCGAUCUCUUCCUCAACAUCCGCAUACCGCUCAAUCAAGAGGCGGAUUCCAAAAAGCUUCCCCGCUUCACUUACUGGGAAUCCAAAAAGUCAAGCGCCAAUGGGGUCAAAGCAUCGAACGGGAUGAAGUACAAUGGUGAUGGCCCCAAAAACGGACGCCUGCCCAACCCCCUAACUCCAAUGGCCGCCCAUGAAUCACGAAGCAAGGCAGGUGAACGGGGUCGGGAAGGUACUCUUCGAUUCAUGCUCUAUCCUGAACAGGUGAAGGCGGAACGGGAAACUGUGGCGCAAUACUUCAAGGUGGAGAUGGAGGAAUAUGAAGUGGACGAAUAGGCUGGGCCGUUAUCUCGACACGUCACAAACUCUGUGCACUAUGCUUGAGAUGGCAUGAUUCGUUGGCAUGCGUAGCAACUCGCAAGUGCAUCCAUCCAGCCUUUGAGUGGGGAAAGGUUGAGAGCCAUGAGUCUCUCAAGCGGUGCCUGGAUGUAUUAUCAAACCACAGGACGAUGAUAUUUCUCGCGCGGGGACAUCACGUCAUGGCCAUGAGGCCAUAGGCCAUAGGCCAUCGUAUUCAACACCAUCUCCAUCACAAAGGCGUUCACAUAGAGGAACAUCACCCUUGACCUUUUACCUCGAAACCGCCACCUCAGCUACAUAACUCUUUGAGCUGGACGGUCAAUGAUACCAGCGCGCGCUCCACUUUCUACUGACACCCCCAAUCCAAAAGCGAAUGGACACUGGGCGAAGCGAAAGUGCAGCUUGAACAUGUAUCACAACACAUUGGAUAAAAAACGCAUCCCGCACAGCUUGAACAGACAUACACCUUCAGGAAAUUCUAGCCAGCACCCCACGUGGGAUUAUUCUAUUACAUUCUUAUACCCUAUUGCUUAUACCCCCAGAAAUGCACAUCUUGUACAUGUAUGUACAUUACAUCUAACCAUCCAUCCACGAACUAGUUGACAUAUCAGAAGGGGAGAGGGGGGGGGAGACCACCGGGAGAAUGACGAAGUUGAACUUGGGGUACUAUAUACCAUUCAUAUACCAACUCCCACGUUGAGGGAACGCAGUAGAGAAGAUGUCUAAAAACACGCUAUUAUUAAUUACACUGAUGAAAAUAUUCCGUCGGUACACAGGCACAAAACCACUCUCCCCUCCAAGCUAUUAAAGUAUGUACGAAGUUGCCGAGAGCCAUUUUGCAAUAUCGAAAAAUUAAUCUCUUUCUUGCCUUGCGCAAAGUACAAAGUACGUAGGGGAGAUCGAAAACGAUAGAAAAAUUACAACUUAAUAUUAAAUCAAUCAUUUUCUGCUGCAUGCCACUUUGCACACACUCUCUCUGACAAAAAUUACAUUCAUGCAAAUAAACAGUUAUUUUAAAAAGGGUUAGAAAUAUGGAGGGAAAAAUAAAAGUAAAAGGAAGAAAAAAGGGAAAUUCAUUUCUUGCUGUGCAACUCUCAACCCCAUUCUCACCCCACCCACAGGAGGAAAGAUACAAGAAAGUAGAAAGUUACGUUAUUUGAAAAUAAAAUAUAAACCUAGAAGAGAAAAGGCGUAAAAGAGAGAAGGAAAAAAGAAAGGAAAUGCAAGGUUUAGGUAAAAGACGGAAUGGAAUGACAUUUAGGAAUGGCUAUCCAUGAAAAUUAAAAAAGUGAGUUUAUAAUGUCAUAGAAUUAGAAAAAGUAAUAGAAGAAGAG